UGCUGAUCUGACGACACGUUGGGAAGGAAGCAGCAUGGCGGACGACGACAGGGAGGAGAGCGAGAAGACGAACACAUGUGAACUACUCGAUGGCUCGAGUAGUGACAGUGAUAUCGGUGACGUUAAUGGCGGUGAACCUGAUGUAACAGUGAAGACCUUCAAAGACCUGGGAGUCACAGAGGUUCUCUGUGAGGCGUGUGAUCAGCUGGGAUGGAAGAGUCCAACAAAGAUCCAGAUAGAGGCAGUACCAGUCGCCCUGCAAGGUCGGGAUGUUAUUGGCUUGGCAGAGACUGGUUCGGGAAAGACUGGUGCCUUUGCUCUGCCCAUCCUCCAGUCACUGCUGGCCUCACCCCAGAGGCUUCAUACCCUCGUCCUCACCCCCACCAGGGAGUUGGCAUUUCAGAUCUCUGAGCAGUUUGAGGCUUUGGGCUCCAGCAUUGGUGUUAAAUGUGCUGUUGUAGUUGGUGGGAUUGAUAUGAUGUCCCAGUCUUUGGUGUUGGCCAAGAAACCACACAUAGUUAUUGCCACACCUGGUCGGUUGAUAGACCACCUGGAGAACACCAAGGGCUUCACCCUACGAGCUCUGAAGUUCCUGGUCAUGGACGAAGCAGACAGAAUCCUCAACAUGGACUUUGAGACUGAGGUGGAUAAAAUCUUGAAAGUGAUUCCCAGAGAGAGACGCACCUAUUUGUUUUCUGCCACCAUGACCAAAAAGGUCCAGAAACUACAGAGAGCUGCUCUGAAAGAUCCAGUGAAAUGUGCAGUAUCCACAAAAUACUCUACCGUUGACAAACUCCAGCAAUACUACGUCUUCAUACCAUCCAAGUAUAAGGACUGUUACCUGGUGUCCAUCGUGAACGAGCUGGCUGGGAACUCGUUCAUCAUUUUCUGCAGCACAUGUCACAGUGCCCAGCGGGUGGCGCUGUUGUUAAGGAACCUUGGAAUCACUGCUAUCCCUCUUCAUGGCCAGAUGAGUCAGAAUAAACGCCUGGGAGCACUAAACAAGUUCAAGUCCAAGUCUCGAUCGGUGCUGCUGGCGACCGAUGUGGCGUCCAGAGGGCUCGACAUUCCUCAUGUUGACUGCGUCAUAAACUACGACAUCCCCACUCACUCAAAGGAUUACAUCCAUCGAGUUGGCCGAACAGCCAGAGCAGGCCGGUCUGGAAAAUCCAUCACCUUUGUUACUCAGUAUGAUGUGGAGCUUUUCCAGCGAAUCGAAACCCUUAUUGGGAAGAAACUUCCUGCUUUCCCUACACAGGAAGAGGAAGUGAUGAUGCUGGUGGAGAGGGUGAGCGAGGCCCAGAGAUAUGCCAGGCUGGAAAUGAGGGAGCAAGGCGAGAAAAGGAAAAGGCCCAGAGGAGGAGGAGAUGAAGAUGAUACAGAACAGGCAAGUGGAGUGAGGAACAAAGUGAGAGGAGGAGGAGGAGGAGGAGGAGGAGGAGUUGGUGGCGCUGGCCGCGGUGGUGGUGGAGGUGGUGGAGGAGGGAAGAAGAGCAGAGGUGCCUGGAGGGGAGGGCGUUGAAGCCUCCCACAUCAACAGACUGUACAUAACCGCAACAUAAAUGCCAUCCCUGUUUUUGGUCUAAAACUAGAUUAUGACAACAGCAUGUUUUUCCAGCAUUUAGUAUGAAAGCAAAUGUCUAUUUAAUUACAGAAACAUGCCUUUUCUCUCCUCCUUUGGAUUUUUUCUCUCUCCCCCAUUUGUAAUAAAAUACCACUGUAAAACCAAA